GAAAUACGGCUGGGAACAAUCGAACAACACAGGCAUAACAGUAUAUCAAAACUUACUACCCAAUCGAUAGAAUGCCCCACUGACCACUGAACGUAGAACCAUAGAUAAAUUAACUAGAGGCAACAGCUGAUUGUCAAAAUAAUCAUGUUUUAACCGUUAAUUAUGGCUAACGCGGAAGUGGAGAAAAAACUAGCGCAGUACAGGGCAAAAAAACAGAGAGAGGUUCGCUUGAACGCGUGUAAAGCUAAAAUCAAGUCAGUGUUUUCCUAUUUCAAUGCUAAUGACAAUCUGGAAGCCGCAAAGGUUCCAAAGAUGCAAGAGCCCCUCAUUAAUGAUGAAAAUGAGAGUGGGGACGACAAUAAAGAAUCCGAUGUAGAGUCUUUUGUAUGUGAAAAAGCUUUUCACACACCCUUAACAUUUCUAGAUUACAUCUAUUACUUGUUGUGGUUUAUAUUGUGGACAAUUUUGUUCGCGAUCUUUAUACAUUAUCAAUUCGGUGUUGUGUAUUUGAUAGUUUCGGGUAUCGUGGGAAUGUAUUUAAACACCAGGACCGGACCCAAGAAGAAAAAUGAGGUUAGUGCCUAUUCCGUGUUUAAUAAAAACUGUGAACGACUAGAUGGCACUCUCACUGCGGAGCAACUUCAGCGGGAAAUGUUGUACGGCGGUUUGAGACCAGUAUGUGGAAGAUUAAGGAUUUAUUGUAAUAAAAUUAAUCUUGCAGAUUAAUAUGGGAUUUAAAAGAUAAA